AUGGGCCGCGUUGAGGGGACACCGCGGUGGAAUCCCAUCGAUAUGGGGGCGAAAUACGAAAGCAUCGGCGUCGGCUGGUGGGAGUUGCGCUCGCGUUUGGCAGCCAUUGGCCGGCGGGCGCUGGGCGGGGCGGGAGGCUGCGCGCGCGCACUCCGCGGCCCCGCACGCGAAUUAAAACGGCCCCGCGUGCGCAAUAAAACAAUGCGAGCGCCGAAGAGCGGCCGCUAUCGGGCACUAAUGGCCGAAUGGACGCGACGGACCAAGUGCCGAUUUAUCGAGAGCUCCCCACCCCUGAAGCGA